AUGAUUUUCAUAAGUUUGGCACAUUCCUAUAUUCCGAAAAUCUUGUGUUCCCUCGCAAUCCUCAUCAACACAUUUUUCAUCAUCCUAGUCUAUACGAAAUCAUCCCCAUCAAUUGGCAAAUACAAAUAUCUUCUCAUAACUUUCUCUUCUGUGAAUAUUCUUGCAACUUGUCUUGAUUUAAUCACACCGAUGGCAAAUGAAACUUUCAAAUUGAGUUUCAUUGUUUUUGUGGCGGAUAGUCUGAUUUAUAAAUAUCGGGAUUUUUGUCAGUUCAUGUUUGCAUUGAGAUGUUGUAUGAUUGCAUAUACUUUUGGUCUCAUCUCGGUUCAUUUUCUCUAUCGAUAUUUCGCAAUUUGCCAGACUCAUCUAACAGUUUCAUUUUUCAAAUUGAAAUAUGUUUUGCUCAUUAUUUUUCUGGUCUUUGUCUAUGGUUCCACAUGGAUGCUCAUAAUUAUGAGAUGGUUGUGGCCAGAUGACGAGAUCAGGAUGAAAAUUGAUUCUUAUUUUUUGGAAAAAUACAAUGAGAGCACUAACAAUAUACCAUUCAUAAUUGCUAAUUACGGAGUAAGUAUUAUUCUUCUUUUUUCGAAAAGCUGAAAUUUUCAGAACCCUGAUCUUGGUGAAAACGCACUUCUUGCUAUGGGUCUCGCAACUUUGAUCUCAAUAAGUUCUUUGAUUUUUGAUGCAGUUUUGGCGACAAAAAUCUAUCUGGCAAUCAAAGUUUUGAAUUUAAGCGAUCAUGUUAAGAAAAUGCAUCGAAUCUUGUUGAUAACUUUGAUUGCACAAACCAGUAUUCCAUCGUUUCUCACAUUUAUUCCAUGUUUCAUUUCCUGGUUUUAUCCGAUUCUGAAUUUGGAUCUGAGUUCUUUUUGCAACUCAAUUCUUGCUCCAAUGAUAAGUUCUUAUCCAGUUAUCGAUCCACUUGUUAUAAUUUUAGCAUUGGCUGAUUAUCGAGAAGCGGUGAUAAAAUUCUUCCGAAGGAAAACUACACCUUUCUUGACUAAUUCUUCAACCUUCAUGGAAACUACUCGUUUUUAA